GGUGGUGUUGAAGCAAUUAAUGGAGACCUCAUUCUCUCUUGCAUCUUCAAGACGCAACACGCCUUUCUUGCUCUCCUCUCAACGCGGAAAUCUUGGAUUUUCUUAUGGUCUUAACUGGGCUCUGGCUGGAAAAGGUGUUAUUGUGAAGGAUAAAGCUUUUCAAAAUUUGACAUCAUCUGAGCUACAGCAGAAAGGUGCAACAAUUGUAGCAUCCUUAUCAGGACUUCCUCUUCUUGUUAGAGGAAGUGUACGUGGAGGAAUUCUUGAUAUUUCUAAGGGACACUACACUAAACUACUGAAACAGGUCACGACUCAUUUGUCAUCCAUCUCAAAUGUUUUUGUUCAAGACGGGGCAAUUGGUUCGUCAUCAGAAUGUGAUGCAAAAGUUCGUGUGAUAAGUGAUAAUCCUUCUGCCAUGUUGAAAUUUUCAAGCAUUCUCUUGAAGACACCUACUCGGGCUGUUUCCCAUGAUUCUUGUCCUUUGACAGUUUAUGUUGCCACAUCUAUAAGUGUUGGUGUCAUGGAUGCAGUUGCUUUUGGAGCUCAAGGAAGUAAUGGAUUUAUAACUGCUGAUAUUGAGCGUUCUUCACUCAUUUUAUGUGGUCAAGCUUUUGCUGACACAAAUGGAAUCAAAGAAGCGUUAACUGCCCUGUCUGGACCUAUUAUAUGUGCACGUGGAGGCCUUCUUCUUUCUGGAAGGCUACUAGUGUUGGCUGACUCUGUGAUACUUCUAUUUGCACCUGAAGAUACCAUUCAGAGUUGUGCCAAUGUUUUGGUGUCUGCAGAUGCUGGUGUAAUACUUUCCUCUCAAGGCAUUGCUCCCUUGUUCCAAACUGGAAAUUCUGGUGGGCCAGAUAUAUUCAAAUUGCCAGCUGCUGUUGUCUUUGCAUCAUCUGAUUGGUAACCAUACCACUCACAUCCCAUUUCUUUCGACAGUAAUAUGCAUUGGAGUAUAGCAUUCCUUUUUAGGCUCUGCCAAGCAAGAUGUUUCGUGCUCUGUAGAUGCAUAUUAUAUUAUUUGAAUCAAUUGCAAUGCUUCAAAAACUUACCUUUG